AUAAGUCAUAGCCAUCGAUAGGUAGAGAUGCCUAUCGAGUCAUCGAUUCCAGGAAUGUCAACAAAGUGGAAAUAAAAUGAAUAUUCUACCAAAAAAACGCUGGCAUGUGCGUACCAAGGAGAACAUUGCCCGCGUGCGCCGGGAUCAAGCGGCUGCUGCAGCGGAAGAAAAAGUCCGGCAGGAGAAAUUGGAAUUUGCUGAAAGCGAGGCGCGAAUCAACUUCCUGCGCCGCCAAUCAGGCUUGCCGGAGAAGGUCUCCAAGGAAUCUCGAGAGGAGCCAGAAUGCAGUACUGAAACAACUAAAGGGGUGGAUAUCUUUGCGGACUACAAGGCGAGAGUGAAGACGACUAACAAAGACUUGGAAAAGGAGCAAAAGGAGGAGCAGGAGAAGUAUGAGAAGCAGAUCGGCUACCUCACAUACUUGGGCCAGGACACCAAUGAAGCUUUGAAAGUGCGCAGCUGGUACGAGUUAGCCCCCAAAAGACCAGAAGUGGGGGAUGCCACUCCUACUGAAACUCAUCUCAAGCAAAAGCUAGCCCACGAUCCUCUGACCCUAAUCAAUGCUUUGUUGCCUCCAGAGAAAAAGGAUCCCAAAAAGGCCACAAAAAGAAUUCGCGAAAGGACACCCACGCCUUCUCAAGAAUCUUCAAUACCCCACAAGGACAAGAAAUCCAAGAAGGAUAAGAAAAAUACUAAGCACAAGAAGCACAAGAGCAAAAAUGCUUCAAGGGAGACCCUUUUGGCCGAGGAACGCAUUAAACGAGAAAAGCUCGAGACGCUAAGAAGGGAGCGCAUGCGACGGGAAACGGCUGAGCGCCAGCGUUCCGAGGCUCUGUUCGCACUCAAGGAGCUGCCGGUGGCUGCCAGUGCAGCAUCCACUCCGGCUGCGACGCCUAAGGUUAUCCAGAAGUACAACAGCCAGUUCAAUCCGGAGUUAGCAAAGCAAAAUAUGCUUUAGCAUUUAAUUAUGUUUUUAACUUAAUGUUAAUAGCCUAGAUAACGAAUGUAAUUGAAUUGAUUAAAAAAAUACUCUUUGUUUAAAAAUACAAAUAAUUGUUGGAAGCCAUA